UCUAGUAAUGGAAUUGGAAGAGCCACGGCAAUAAGUUUUGCAAGGAGAGGAGCAAAAGUAACGAUUACUGGACGAGAUGAGAAAGCACUUCAGGCAACUAAGUCAGAAUGUAUUAAAGCUGGAGCGGUCGAAGCUAAUUUACUGCCUAUAAUUGGAGAUAUCACCAGUGAGGACGUUCAGGAUAGUCUCAUUGGCGAAACACUAAAGAAGUUUGGCUCCCUUAACGUUUUGGUUAACAAUCAUGGAGGCGGCUUUAUAGAGCGGGAUGACAAGGGUAAUCUGAUGUGCAACGUUUUUGACAAAGUGAUCGGUCUCAACUGUAAAAGUACCCUUGCAAUGAGCGUGAAGGCGUUGCCGCAUUUGAAGGCUACAAAAGGAUGCAUUGUGAACGUUAGCAGUAUAGCCUCUACAAUGUCAGCUGUCAGACAUCCAUUUUAUGCAGCAGCAAAAGCGGCUUUAGAUCACAUCACAAGAAUUAUGGCUUUGGAAAAUGCCAGCGAUGGAGUUCGUAUCAAUGCUGUGAAUCCUGGUUUUGUCAAGACAGAAUUCAUGAAGAAGUUGGGAUACGACGAUGAAACUAGGAAUAAGAUUUUAAAGAUUGCUACUGAGGUAGGUGUACCGAUUGGACGUUACGGGUUGCCUGAAGAUAUCGCAGAAAUGAUAAUAUUUUUAUCUGACAAUAAAACAGCUGGAUUCAUUACUGGUCAAACCAUGGUUGUCGACGGGGGUACAACGCUAAAAAAUGCUUGGUUUGGAGGUUCUCUUACGAAGGAGUUAUCGAAGUUUUAG